AUGCGUUCAAGCCUCCUGCUGGUGGUUCUGACCGCCCUGGUAUUCCAAUCAGUCUACGGCCGUAACGUGGAACGCUCCAAUAAUGGCUAUAAGCUUUUCCGAGGCGCUGAACGCUCCGCUGCAGUCUCUCGAGAUGAAAGUGAAGCUCGUGGUGAUAUUAUGCAAUGGUUCAAUAAAGGUGCCACUACCGAGGCCCCAGUAGUGGAACCAUCACCUACAACACCAACAUCUCCCACUUCUCCAACGUCUCCCACAUCACCAACGUCUCCUACAUCACCAACGUCUCCUACAUCACCGACAUCUCCCACAUCGCCAACAUCUCCCACAUCGCCAACAUCUCCCACAUCGCCAACUUCUCCCACAUCGCCAACUUCUCCCACUUCACCAACUGCCAGAGCCGACAAUGGCAACAGACAAAUGAGCGAAAAUGAUGAUGAAGAUGACGACAAUAAUUCGGUAGAAGGAGAAGAGGAAGAUUUCCGCAAACACAAGAUGGACUACGACGAUGAUGAUGAGGAUUUUGAUGACGACGAGGAUGACGAUGAAGAUUACGAUAACAAUGGCGUCUCCACCAACAAAAGGAGAGCCGAUCUCGUCGACAGAAAAACACUCCGUCGUGAACUCAACAAACGUUUGGCUAAAUUGAGGGAGGAAAACCAAAAGCGUAUCAAUAGAAAUUUUCGUAGGCGCCUUCGUCGCAUGCGCCGCCGACAAAAUAGGCGUCAAAUGCGCAGACGUUUAAGGCAAAGACGCAUUGCCAAUAGAAGACGUCGUCGUGCAAUGCGCCGUCGUCGCAUUGCUUUGAGACGCUUUAGACGCCGCCGCAAUCGCAUCAUCAGGAGAAGAAAUCAACAACGCAGACGCCGCAAUCUACGCAGACGUGCUAUAAGGCGCAGACGUCAAAAUAUUGUCAGACGUCGUCGCAGGCAGGAUCGUAGAAGGUUAAUUCGUCGUUUGACACGUGGACGUGGUGUUCGCUAUAUUUAG